GGUCUUUUGUUCCCCCAAGUGGAGCCUCUUAAAAGGAGACAGCGAGAGGCAGUGGGAGGAGAGAGAGAGGUGGGGAGAAGGAGAGAAAACGGUGUGGUUGUGGAAAAGGCAGCAACGUGAGCGAAUGUUUGCAAGUGAAAAGGAAAGACAGUGGACACAGAAGGGAAAAUAAAGGGAGAGCGCGAGAUGCUGACAGAUUCCUGAUAGAUGUGCAAAAUGGCGCAAGCAUGUUCGACCUCCGCGAGCCACCAAUUGUUGUAGCUUGGAUCAUGAAGAGCUAGCUAACUGCUUGCCACCUUUUGCCUUGCUUUGUUUUUCCAAGCCUCGUAUUAUUUUAAGUGCUUAAAUGGCUACCAGAAAGCGCUGCUGGGUUUCAUGCUUACUUGGAUUACUCUUGAGUGCUUUAGUCGGUGUAACUUUAGGGGCAGAGCUAUCCUUCACGUUGGAGCCCAGUGACAUCAUCGCCGUCCAGGAGCAGCCCCUCAUGCUCCACUGUCAGGUGGAUGGCAUCCCACCGAUCACCACGCAGUGGAGGAGGAAUGGCAUGCUCCUGUUGGAGGACCAGGACUAUGCCAUGUUUGCAAAUGGCUCUCUCCUGAUUGGUCGGUUUCAGAGGACCAAGUUGGAUGGCUCUUCUGACGAGGGGGACUAUGAGUGCGUGGCUCAGAACUCCUUUGGGCUGGUGGUGAGCCGCAAGGCCCGAGUACAGGCCGCAACGAUGGCGGAGUUCCACGUGCAGCCGCAGUCGGUGCGAGCGGAGGAGUCGGGGGUGUGUCGCUUCCAGUGCCAGAUCCACGGCCUGCCAGAGCCUGUCAUCAGCUGGGAGAAGGAUGGGCAGGAGGUGGACACAGAGGACGAGAGGUACACCCUCCUGCCCACGGGCGUCCUGCAGAUCACGGGCCUGCGCUCGGAGGACGGCGGCGUGUUCCGCUGCGUGGCGCACAACAGCGCCGGGGUCAAGCGCAGCGCCGGGGCCAGCCUCGCCGUCUCAGGCUCUCAGUCUUCUGUUUACAAGGAACCCAUGAUCCUUGUGGGCCCUGAAAACCUCACUCUCACCGUUCAUCAGACCGCCAUUUUGGAAUGCGUUGCCACAGGAUACCCGCGCCCAAUCGUGUCCUGGAGCAGACUGGAUGGGCGUCCGAUUGGUGUGGAGGGGAUCCAGGUGCUGGGCACGGGGAACUUGAUGAUUUCCGACGUCAGGGUGCAGCACUCAGGGGUCUACGUCUGCGCAGCCAACAAGCCGGGGACCCGAGUGCGCAGAACUGCGCAGGGGCGACUGGUGGUCCAAGCCCCAGCAGAGUUUGUCCAGCCUCCCCAGUCCAUCGCCCGUCCGGCGGGCACCACUGCAGUCUUCACCUGCCUGGCCCAGGGCGAGCCCGUGCCGCAGCUCACCUGGCUGAAGAACGGGCAGAUCCUGGAGCCGGGCGGUCACGUCAAGCUGAGGAACAACAACAGCACGCUGACCAUCUACGGGAUCAGCCCAGAGGACGAGGCCAUCUACCAGUGCAUUGCCGAAAACAGCGCCGGCUCCAUCCAGGCUAGCGCCCGGCUGACGGUGCUGUGGGCCGACGGCCUCCCGGGGUCCCCGGGCUCGGUCCGAGCUGACCCCCUCUCCCCCACCGCCAUCCAGGUCUCCUGGAAGGAGCCCGUCCAGAACACACAGGACAUCAUUGGAUAUGUCCUCCACAUCCGCAAAACUGCAGACCCCAUCGAGAUGGAGUACCAGGAGGCUGUCAGCAAGAGCACUCUGCAGCAAGUGGUGAAUGACCUGGAGCCCUCCACCAGCUACACCUUCUACGUGAAGGCCUACACCUCGCGGGGGGCCAGCAAGCCCUCGGACCACGUGGUGGAGAGCACGCCGGGGGAGGUGCCGGCCCCCCCAACCCUUUUCACUAAGGUGGUGAACUCCACCACGGUGCUGGCCAUAUGGGAACCUUCUGGAAAGAUGGGCCAGCACGAGGGAUUCAGGCUGUACUAUCGUAAGGUCCACUCAUCCCCUUUCACAGGACCACUGACUUUUGCUCGCAACAUCACCCAGUACAACAUCACGCAGCUGGACCCAUCGCUGGUGUAUGAGGUGAAGGUGCUGGCUUUCAACCAGCACGGCGACGGCAAUGCCACAAUGCGCUUCAUUUCGCUGAAGGAGGCCAUGGAGAGAUCUGGUGAUUGUCCCCUCACCGGUACACAAUGUGUGCUGAACACACCCUGUGACUGCGUGAAGGACGAGCAAAGCAAGACCUCCACCACUGGCAUCAUCAUCGGGAUCCACAUCGGCGUCACCUGCAUCGUAUUCUGCGUGCUCUUCCUCAUGUUCGGCUACAGGGGGAGGUUGAUGAUGUGCAAGGCGGUACGAGACAGGCUGGCCACGCCUCCAGCAGGACGCAGCGCACCCCUGGAGCCGUCCCAGGGCGCAGUGCCCCUGAACGGGGUCAGCAGGGCGGGUGGGGAGGGCAACGGGGGCAUCGCUGGAAAGAGCAGGGGAGAAACCAAGGAGCUGGAGAGACUGUUUCCAGGACGACACGCAGGGCUUACGGUGGAAGGCGUGGCCUCCUGCCCGCUGGACGAGACACAGAUGUCCACUUUGCCCUUGGAUGACUUCAGCCUGGUGGAGGAGGGGGAGACACAGUUCCGGGAGCUGCCAGCAGAGGGCAGGGACAAAUCAACCCCUCCUGCCUACUUUCAGCCAAUCGGUGAUUCCAUAAACCCAGCUGUGAAAGACGACUAAGGCCUUCUUCCAGGGAUUUGAUACAGUAUAUUCUGUCUCAGGACUUUUUUUCUGUGCUAUCGGUGGUUUUGUUUGGUUCUCGGCCUACACGCAGGCUGAUUAUAGACCUGGACAUCAGCCCAAGGAUACACAACACAGACCUACCUCAGCCGGAAUGAAUGUGUUGAGGGAAGCAUUCUUGACCCUGCGUCUUCCCUUGUCUUCAGUUACUUUACACGUAGAGCGAUUGGUCGGAAAAAAAAACAAAAACAGAUUCCGCACUACCUCAGAUGUUACGUACCUUCACUCUCCUGCUAAUUGAAGCGAAUUAAAAAAAAAAAAAAAAAAAAUCCAACGUAAAGCACUUCCAAACACUGAAGUAUAUAUUCUACCUCAAGAUGAUUAUGAUGAUGAUGCUGAUGCUGAUGUUUUUGCUGUUUGUUGUCGUUGUUCUUGUUGUUGUUAUUGUCGUUGUUGUUGUAAUUCUUUUCCAGUGAAACUUUUCCGUUUUGUCGUGAGAUCCUGGCUUCACCCCAGUGAAUCUGUGAAAGUGUCAGUACCUCAUGCAAGUGUGACGGAUGUUGUUUGAUUUCUGCUUGUAGAGCUCCAUAUUUACACACUUUCCUGUGUACCCACCCCCCAUACAGAGUGAUUGUUCAUUUUAUAUCCUUUUUAGAUUUUUAUUUUUAUUUUUACGUAGACUGUUAAUGGUGCACUGCACUUACAACUUCAGGAAAAAUACAGCUAUGAACAGGAUUUCAACUCUUUACAAAUGUACAUAUCUGCAUGUGUGUAGAUGUAUGUGUGUGUGCAAGUGUGUAUAUAUGAAUAUGUAUACUAUGCAUACCUUGUAUGCAUAAUAAUUGCAUAUGUGUGUGUGUGUUGGUAUGUAUGCGUGUGUGUGUGUUGUGUGUGCAUGCACACACACAUGUGAGCCACAUUUACACAUUAAAGCAGAUAAAUAUAUCAAAAUGUCAGUGUGGACAUUGACAGGAAUGAAUGUUAUUGCAGUUCUCAAAAUAAAUUGCUCUCUGAACUGGCAAGAGCAUCACUUGACUAUGGAUUUGAAAUAGGGAUGCCGUCACUCCAAGCUGUGAGAGUGAAUUGCGAAAUUCUAAUAGCAAAAAAAAAAAAGUUAAUUCAGGGCUGCUGUGCAAGACCUGCCAAGUCCCAUAAAGCCUGUCAGUUUAUUACCAAUCCCACCCACGCAUACCCUGCCAGCUCCCCCCGAAACUGAUGAAUGAAACCGUAUCAAAAAUAAGAUUAGACCACUGCACGCCAAUCAAACUGCAAGAAUAACAGCUGGAGCAGAGAAGCUGCUAUCUGGCUGCGCGUUCACGCUCCUCGGCCAGCCAGGCCUUUGCAGAAGCAAGCUUACGAUUCAGGAGGAGAUAUUUUGGCGUGAUAUAGAGGGGGGGCGUGCUGCUUUUGGGUGCUGUAGUAAGACCCUAACACUGCUCCACCUGUACUGCCGACAAGCAAAAUAGCAUAUGGCGCUUAUAACCUUUUCCAACAUACAGUGAAUCCUGGAAACGAUUCAGAAUUUUUCUUUUUUUAAUUGUCUUUUUUCUUUUGCCAACACAGUUUAGCAAGGUUAGCAGUCAUCAGAAUUACCUCACCAAGCUGUGUUUGCAAAGAGAAAAAGACAAAAAAUUAAGGACAAAGCAAGCAUGACAGCUUUCCCGUUCAAAGUUCAUCACUGAGACCCAGGCAAUCUGGUCAUUUUUUAUCUGAUUGGCCAAGACCGACAGCAUAAAAAAACGUCCUGACCUUGAAUCACUUACACCCUUCCAAGCUCUAGAGGCAGCGUGGUACAUCUCCUCGGCUUCUCCCUGUUCCCUUCAGAACCCUGGCACAUACGAAAGGCCUCAGCAUGUCAAUGGUGUCCUACCUCAGUGCAACACCCAUGCUUUCAGGUGCCUGGCCUUCUGCUCUGGAGGAAGAUGCAAGAACACUUACUUAAACCAACAAACGCUAGGAAGGGAGAAGCUUACCCUCAGGGCUAAUCACUCAGUGGACAUGCAGUCAUGUGUCACAAAAACUAUUUUUAUGUUUUCAUAUGUAGCUUUUUGUGAGCGUGAAUGUACGUGGAUUGUUGUGCUUCUUUUUUUUUCAGAAUAUAAUUUUUCAUUGCCUCACUUUUUUCAUCUGCAUUUUCUUACAUUUUGUUCACUGUUCAAAGCGGAGUCUGAUUUGUUGUCUGACUUGGAAAACAAUUUCUUCCCGCAGCUUCUGGAAAAGGAAAAAAAUGCUUGCUGCCUUUCUGCUGACAGAACAUGACAUAAAUAACCUUUUAAGUGUGAAAAUAGCAUUGAGAAGGACUACUUUAAAACAGAAAUAGAUCAAAUCUCAACACCAUUUUGAGUGGCUUAAAUGUGUUUAUUUUAUCAGUAUUUUGCAAUAACAUUUGUCCACCUAGUUCCCCUGAUGAAUGUGGUCAGUAUAUUAAAUCCAAGGCAGGGGAAAAAACUGGUGCUUUUGCAACUUUAAAAAUUGUGUGUCGCGUGGUCAAUUCUUUCUCAAUAUGUCAUAGGAGUUUGAAACUACACUGUUUAAAGGGGAAAUAUCGUAAGCUGUUUUGUAAACUGUCGCUAUUAAUGGAACUCGGUACGUGCUAUCCAUUGUACAGUAAGAAUACACAUUCCAGAGAGAAUUGUAUCUGUUCUACAACCAGAGAAUCAGUUGUUGUUUUGAUUUGAUAUACAAAACUUUGUUAAUGUUGGCCAAUGCUUUUAUACAUUUUACAUAUAGCAGAGAGAAAGGAGCUCUUCUGCCGUUGAUUUGUUCAUUGUAUUGCUUGCUUUCUGCUUCAGUUUUCCAGGUAUAUUCCCAUGUCUGUUAUCGUUACUGUACAUUUCAGUGCAUUCUGUUCUGACAAGCCUAAAAAAAAAACGACAAUAGUCACUCUAGCUGAAGUACCCCAUUUAAUGUUACUUGUGUAUUUAUAAACCAAUGUGGUACUCAAACUCUGGUGCUUUUUAAUACUUGAGGGGUCUCUCCUGAGAAGCAGGAUGCUGAUUGCAGCUAAGACUGAUGCAGUGUCACAGUGCCAAUCUUUCACCCUGCACCCUUGCAUUGUAGUACAAUAGGAAUUCUUUCUUAAAUUGUUCAUGAUUACAUCAUAAUCAUUCCAGUCCAAUCAAGUAGUUUCAUACGGAGUCACCUUUCUUAUUUAUGGUUAAAAGAUCGAUUGUAAUAAUGUUGCACCUCUCAUUACUUCAUUUUUCUUCCCAAUGCUGUUUCUGAUGAGGGUCUUUUUUAUUGGGUUUGGUUUUGAGGAUGGAGGGAAGAUGCCGACUCUUCAUGCCAUAUAUUCAGAACACAUAUCUGUCACAUAAUCCCAGGUGACUUUAGCCAGGUUGUGGUUUGGAGGGUCUGGGGUUGUGCUUUUUGUCAAUGGCUUAUUGAGCAGAUGAUCUUAAUCCACUGGGCAGAACUUUGCCUGGAUGAACCAACUGCGGGAAUUACAGCCACAUGUGUGGUCCAAGAGGUGCUCAUUUCCAUGGCUUCUCCUUCCGUGUGUCUCUUCAUUUUCCUCCCUGCUUCUAUCCUCCUCUUUCUCCCCCUCCCCAAACCCAGUGGAGAAUGGCCCGUCUAUCAAAAUUACCACCUCAACCCCCCCCCCCCCACUACUGCCCCCACCACCCCAGAUUCCCCCAGGGAGAAUCAGAGCCGAAACCUUAACAUGUAGCUAGCUAAGCUGCUACAGCGCUAUGGCAACACUGGGGUAUUUAAGAUUGUAGAAAGAAGAUCAAACCGUGGAUCUGUAAAACACUGUUUUCUUUCCAGUGGUGAUGUCACCAUUUCAUCUUUUUAAACCCCUGCAUAAAAGGGAUUAAAAUAGCAUCAAUUCCCCUCCUCCUUUUUUCCCCACAAAAAAAAAAGAAACGGAAAGAUGAAAGGUUGUAGGAACAAGCAGCCUUAAAAAUACCAUGGAAGAACUAAGCUGCGAUGGCUUCCAAAAUACACUGGCAGUUUAUGUACCUCUUAAUCACCUGGCUCUUUCCAGCACCUGUUCCCUGUCAGGUGCUUAUCAGUAUCAGUUUUAGAGUUGGUUCCCCUUGAUUGUACCACUGGUCCCUUUUGGCUGUCGGUGGAUCCUCAGUCCCCUCAGUCACCAUGUGUGAGCUGCUGCACUAAAACACUGGCUGUCUGUGCUUUGUGUUCUGAAUUAUUCAGGUUUUCAAUGACCAGCCAUAUUGAACCCUGUUCCUUAUUGACAUUAAAUUUAGUAGAUUUAUUAUAUUAGGGUGUGGAAAAUAUCACCCACAAAACCCCCACCCAUUCACUGCAGCCCCCUCAACUGAUAUGCGUGGAGCCACUGAGCCCCUAUCCAGGGGAAGGUGUUUUUUAAGAAACAUCGUUUCGCUUCACUGCAAAUGACACCAGAGCCAGCAGAUUGUCCCUGUCUGGGGGUGUUCCAGCUGAAUUUUUUUAGCUCUGAAGAAUGCUUACGGUUUGUCAUUUUGCUGCCUUCAGCUCGUUGACAGCGCUCGACUGCGGUGUUGGGAAUGGUGUCGGGGAGGUCCCCCUCCCUCCACUGGUGACAAACAGCGAACCUCUCCACGCUGUCAGCACGUCAUCCCUGUUAACCGCUCUGAGUCAGAAUCCACUGUUAACGUGCUGAAUACUUUAAAUACAAUUAGCCACCGUUACGACAAAGUGCGAUAGGCCUGCUAUCGUCAGAAAGCCUUCUUUUGUGUUUUCUGUUUGAGUUGAGUAAUGAUCAGCGGUAAACUAACCUGUGAAAAGAAGGAUGAGCACAUUAAGGAGAGGGAAUUGUGUUUAACAGCAAGCGGGCUGUUAGAGAAUUGUGCUUAACUGCGAGCAAGUCCCCUCUCAACAGCUGUAUUAACUUCACUUUUUCCAUAGUUUCCUCAUAGUCUCAUCUUAACUAAACCAGCGAUGGGGAAAAACACGCAUCGCUGUGGACGUGUGACAUUUUGACUGCUAGGAGAACCGUAUGAUGAACUGGACCACAUGCUUAUUGCAGUGCAUCGUUGAAUUGUGGGGAGAAAGGUACUAAGACCAUAUCUAUUUCCGGGACCUGCUCUCUUGGUUCUGGCAAAAAUUCAGUGCUGAUUCAUAAUAUACCUGACGUUGAAUUUACAGAACAAAUACUUUUUUUUAUUGUGGGGAAAAUGCUAAAUUUCUAAAGAUUGCAUUAUUUAUUCAAUAUUUUGGGCAAAAUGUUCCCAUUUCAUAUUUUGUAUGUUAUGUAUGUUGUACUUCCACCAAAUGGAAAAAGUAGUGUAAUGCACUUGUAAUGUCUUGGUAAGAUGUCAUUCUAUUGAAAAACAAAUAUUUGCAUUAGUAUUUAUUUCACAGUACAUUUUAUGUGCAUCAAACAUAGAAUGUAUUUUUUCGUAUCUUUAGCUCCAGAUAUUUACAACAGCUAUUUGCAUAACUGACCUGCAGUACCCCUUCCCCACCCCUCACCCGUGUUUCUAUAUCUCUGAGUAAUAUUUUUCAUCUGUUUGAAAAAUGAUACUUAGUUGCUGUUGGAGAGGAUGGUAUUCUCAUUAAGUUCCCUGAAAUGAUACAUUCCCUUGAACCGUCUUCAGUGUAGCCCCUGCAGUAACCGUGUGGUGUUGGUGUGCUCUGGAGAAAGCUCUGGCAUCCAUCACUGCAGGUACAGUAUGUCAGCGAUAGAGCGUAAGGACGGCCACGGGCUAACUCGGAUAACGGGGUCACUGAGCGUUUCUGUCCCAGAGUGAGUGUCACCACUGAUCCUGUCUCAGACCACCCCCCCCCCCACCCUCCAUGAACAUUAGGUUCUUUCUGUCCAUUUUCAUUUCCAUUUUACUGCAGUAGCCAUCAGACCCACAUGCACACAAAAAAAUUAAUAGGAUUAUUCUUUCUUUUUUGGAAUGUUUUAGUAUUUUCAGGGAAAGGGACUCCCACCCAAUACACACACACACACACACACACACAUUCACUCUCUCUUGUUCUCUCUCUCUCUCACACACACACACAUACACGUGCACCUUUCCACUGUAAUGCAAGGUUAAAAUGUGAAGCUGCACAAGCGAAACAAACAAAAAAAACAAAUGCCAAAUAUAGAUGUCACAUCCAAUCUUGGUGCUUAUACUGUGUGUAAGAUUUGGAGAAAGAAGCCACCAUUUGCUAACGUGGUGUGAGUUGAUGGGAGAGAGCUGCCACUGCUUGGUGAAUACAAA